GCACCCACCAUGCGGGCAGAGCUCUGGCUCCUGGUGCUAGUGCUCAGGGAGGCUGCCCGGGCGCUGAGCCCCCCGCCCGGAGCAGGUCAGGAUCCAGGCCGAGGCUCUGCAUGGGCUGCCAAGGGGACCACGCAGGGCUGGAGUCGGAGAGCCCGAGAGAGCCCUGGGCAGGUGUCAGAGUCGGACAAGACCCAGCUGAGCCAAGACCCGGGCGGGGGCAUGCUGGCCAUUGACAGACUGCCGGAUAACAGGACCAGGGUGGUGGAGGACAACCACAACUACUAUGUGUCCCGUCUGUAUGGCCCCAGUGAGCCCCGAAGUCGGGAGCUGUGGGUGGACGUGGCCAAGGCCAACCAGAGCCAAGUGAAGGUCCACAGGAUCCUCUCCAACACCCACCGGCAGGCUUCGAGAGUGGUCUUGUCCUUUGAUUUUCCUUUCUACGGGCAUCCUCUGCGGCAGAUCACCAUAGCAACUGGAGGCUUCAUCUUCAUGGGGGACACGAUCCAUCGGAUGCUCACGGCGACUCAGUAUGUGGCGCCUCUGAUGGCCAACUUCAACCCUGGCUACUCCGAGAAUUCGACAGUCGCUUACUUUGACAAUGGGACAGUCUUUAUUGUUCAGUGGGACCACGUCUACCUCCAAGGCCGGGAGGACAGGGGCAGCUUCACUUUCCAGGCAGCUCUGUACCAUGAUGGCCGCAUUGUAUUUGGCUACAAAGAGAUCCCUAUGUCCGUCCUGGAAAUCAGCUCCUCCCAGCACCCCGUCAAAGCAGGCCUGUCAGACGCCUUCAUGAUUCUCAACCCUUCCCCGGAUGUACCAGAAUCUCGGCGAAGGACCAUCUUUGAAUACCAUCGUGUGGAGCUGGAUCCCAGCAAGGUCACCAGCACAUCAGCCGUGGAGUUCACCCCACUGCCCACCUGCCUGCAGCAUCAAAGCUGUGACACCUGCGUGUCCUCGGACCUGACCUUCAACUGCAGCUGGUGCCAUGUCCUCCAGAGAUGCUCCAGUGGUUUUGACCGCUACCGCCAGGAGUGGCUGGCCUACGGCUGUGCCCAGGAGGCAGAGCGCCGGACGUGUGAGGACUUCCGGGACGAAGGCCACUCCUCGGCCUCCCCCAACAGCUCCUUCAGUCCCUUUGAAGGAGAUCUCACCACCACCUCCUCCUCCCUCUUCAUCGACAGCCUCACCACGGAAGAUGACACCAAGUUGAAUCCCUAUGCGGGAGGAGACGGCCUUCAGAACAACCUGUCCCCCAAGACCAAGGGCCCCCCCGUGAACCUGGGUACCAUCGUGGGCAUCGUGCUGGCAGUCCUCCUGGUGGCAGCCAUCAUCCUGGCUGGGAUUUACAUCAACGGCCACCCCACCUCCAAUGCUGCGCUCUUCUUCAUCGAGCGGAGACCUCACCACUGGCCAGCAGUGAGAUUCCGCAACCACCCCAACCACUCCACCUACACGGAGGUUGAGCCGUCGGGCCAUGAGAAAGAGGGCUUCGUGGAGGCUGAGCAGUGCUGAGAGCACCAGGUCUCCCCAUGGAAGGAUAGGAAAGAAGACCCCAGGACCCCAAAGAAGACCAGUCAAAGCAAAGCGGAGAAGUGACUUUUCUUGGCUUCCUCUGAACUUGCCCUGGCUGGGAAGAUGGAGGUGAGACCAUGGCUAAUGGUGCCAGAACACAGUUUGGCCAUCGCAUACCACGCACUGAAGCAAGGGGGCAGAAAAGCACCCAC